AAAAAUCUCCAUAACGCUUAUGAUCUGUUCACUUCCGUCUCUGGUACUUGAUGUGAAAAGUAUUUCUUCCGGUGUGUUGACUUUUUUGAUGCUUGUUCUGUAAAGUUAAAGUCCGAUUAAUCGGCGACUUGCAUCAAGAAUUCAUACCAUCGUCUAACUAAAUCUAACUAAAAUGAGUUCUAAGGCGGAGUUGGCUUGUGUGUACUCUUCGCUCAUCUUGGCGGAUGACGAUGUAGCAAUUACGGGUGAGAAGAUCCAGACGAUCCUGAAAGCGGCGAAUGUGGACGUGGAACCGUACUGGCCGGGUUUGUUCGCCAAAGCCCUGGAAGGCAUCAGCGUGAAGGAUCUGAUCACCAAUGUCGGGUCGGGAGUAGGCGCGGGACCCGCUGUUGGAGUAGCAGCGCCUGCCGCGGCCGCCGCGCCGGAGGCCGCCGCCCCGGAGAAGAAGGAGGAGGCCAAGAAGGACGAGUCGGAGGAGUCGGACGACGACAUGGGCUUCGGUCUGUUCGACUAGUUGGGCGACUGGACUCCAGGAAGACUGGUUUGGUUGUGUGUGUCUUGUGUUUGGUUGAAUAUUUUUGAAUAUAUAAUCAGCUAAAA